AGUUUUAGGUAAGGAGUAAAUAAAAACAAAAAAUUGUGCCCUAGUUUGUCAUACGAAGGCAUAUUAUCCACACAUUUCGGCGAGUAAUUUCUCUUUUCGCUGCUUGGCGACCGACGAUCUCCGCGGCGACGCGAUUGGAAGCUUCGGCAGCGGGAAAGGACUUAGCAGUUAUGGAGUCGAAUACACUGUCUCCAUCACCAGAUAAAGCUGAUGCAAAGGCAACAUUUCAUAAGCCUUCUAAUGAUGCAGCUAACAGGCGGUACAGGCGGCGGUCUCCAGUUGGUGGAUCAUCCUCAUCUGGUGGUAGUCCUACAGAUGAGCGUAGCACUAGUCCAGUCCAUUCAAGAGAAGAAGAUUCUGCUAGAGAUUCUGACCGUCGUCGGAAGAAGGAUGAUGAGAGGGACUUGGAUAGGGAUUCUAGCAGGAAUCCCCAUGGCCGAAGUGGUGAUUCAUAUAGGCAUUUUAAUGAGCAUUCCUCUAGGGGUUCUCGUAGUUACCAUAAGCGGGAUGACUACAGCAGGCGUGACAGGAAUAUGGAUGAAGAGAGAAACUAUUCUAGGACAUCCUCUCGUUAUGGUCGAGAGUUGAGGGUUGGCUCUCAUUCUGAUUAUUCAAGAAGAGAGACUGAGCAUUACAGAUCAAGAGACCUCUCGCGAGGUACUGAAAAAUACUCUCGAGAUAGAUCUGAUGGUUCAGUGCAUAGAGGCAGGGAUAAGGAAAGAGAAACUUCAUCACUUGAGUAUCAGAAGUAUAAAGACAAGGAGUCAUUAUCUGAUAGGACUAAAUCUAGCAGGAAGUACUCUGACUUGAAUGCUGAAGAUAUAAGGUAUGGGGAGCAGGACAAGCAUGGCGGAGAGGGAGAUGGUCAAGAUGAAAAGAGAGACUAUAGGAGGUAUGUGCGGGAUUCCAAGAUUGAUCAUUCACCUGUUUAUGAAGAUUCUAGGGGACACCGGAAUGACUCUUCUUCAUAUAGGGACAAUGGUGCACAUCGUCUGAAAGAAGCUUCAAGAAGUGGUCAUAGAGAAUUGGAUGGACAACGGUAUACCAAGGAUGAAAAGAAGAAAUAUGAUGACAGGGAAACAAGCAGACACAAGGACCAUAAUGAUAGAAAACAAGGGGAGCAGGAUCUUACCAGUGAAAAUCUAGAAUCUGCUGCCAAAAAACCGAAGUCAAGCAUGGGAACUGAUUAUGGGAAAGAUGUUCCAAAGCUUACAACUGCGGCUGAUGAAAGCCAGACCUCAAGUUCAAAGCAAGCCCAGGAACUUGCUGGUAAGGUCACGCCAGAGCAGGCCUCUGCAAAAUGCUCUGAGGCUGUUCCUGAUAUAGAUGCUGCAAAAGUUGCUGCUAUGAAAGCGGCCGAAUUAGUUAAUAGGAAUCUCAUUGGGACGGGUUACAUGUCCACUGAUCAAAAGAAGAAGCUGCUCUGGGGGAAGAAAAAGGAUGCUGCUGCUGAAGAGUCUGGUCAUCACUGGGAUAGUGCUAUGUUUUCUGAUCGGGAACAGCAAGAGAAGUUCAAGAAACUCAUGAGUCUGAGGUUGCAUUGGUACCUAUGGCCAAUUGUAGGGUGUGAAGGGCGAGCUGAAAACGGAAAGCAAACCGGAGAGUCAAGAAAGCAGUGGCCUCCGAGCCGAGAAGCAGAAGGAAAUGCAGCUGGAUUUGGAGAAGCAAUACAUUGCCGGACUUCGUCGAAGAGAUGGCCGAACUGUCGGACUAGGUCUCUGAGAACCCCGUUGGGAUAUUUUCCUAGUUUUACCGUGAGAUUUGCUUACAUUUUGCUGCACGAUGCCAUAAUACUGUCUUCCCUGAUCAUACUUGGUCGGGGUAAUUGUGUUUUGCCUUCUAGAUUUGCUGUUUUAGUUCAUGGGAAGAAUGUUGCUGCAGCAGUAUAUAUUUGGUAUUUGAGCUCCCAAUGCUGGAUGGUCAUUUCAUUACUUGCUGCUAAUGCCUCUACUUUGGGGUUACAUUUGAGUAGUUAAUGCAUGCAGCUUUUUAUCUCGCUA